AUGCAUGGGGUCCUCCCUGACUUACCCAAACUACGGGCGCUAGGGAUACGCAUCGCCAACUUGACUCAGACGGCACUCUCCUCAGUCGCAAACACAAUACCAGAAGAGAUGAUCGCCAACGAAUACGCGCCAACCUUUGCUAAGUUUCCCGCCCUCUCUUUCUUCCACCUUCGCUGCGCGCACAAACGGCGGCCGAAGCCUAAUCUCAUGUGUGAAAAGGACUUUCGGGUAGAAAAAGAUGUGCGGAUCUCGAGGGCGCGGAAUGUGGCUACGGCGCUUCCCUCGAUUGAUGUCAUCGGUUAG